AUGGACCUUAUACAUGAAAAAAGGGUGGAAUUGAAAGAACAAAGGGCUUCUUCUCAGCAAGAUCUCACCACCUGUUUGAUAAAAAUCCGCAAUGAAGACGGUUCUGCUGUAUUGUCUGGUGAGGAGAUUGUGGACAAUUGCAUCCUUGUAAUGCUUGCAGGACAUGACACAUCUUCUAUCCUUCUUACCUUUUUGGUCAAGCACUUAGCUGAGGAUCCAUCUGUACAUGCAGCUGUUGUUAAUGAGGAGAUUGCUAAGAGCAAGGCUUAUGGAGAGUUGCUGACUUGGGAUGACCUUGCCAAGAUGAAGUACACAUGGAGAGUAGCAAUGGAGACUCUAAGGGUGGCCCCACCUAUAUUUUGUAACUUCAGGACUAUUGUCAAAGAUUUUGAAUAUGGAGGAUAUCUAAUUCCCAAAGAAUGGCAAAUAAUUUGGGCUGCUUGUAUGACACACAUGGAUGAGACCAUCUUCCCCGAUCCAUCAAAGUUUGAUCCAACACGCUUUGAACAACAAAAUCCAGCCCCGCCUUAUAGUUUGGUGGCAUUUGGAGGAGGACCAAGGAUGUGUCCUGGUAAUUAA